AUGGAGGAGACGAAGAUUAUCUAUCACAUGGACGACGAGGAGACGCCGUACCUGGUGAAGCUCAACAUAUCGCCGGAGCGGGUGACCCUGGCCGACUUCAAGAACAUCUUGAAUCGGCCGAAUUACAAGUACUUCUUCAAGUCAAUGGACGAUGACUUCGGUGUGGUGAAGGAAGAAAUUAUAGACGACGACGCUCACCUGCCAUGUUUCAAUGGUCGAGUUAUUUCUUGGUUGGUGUCCGCGGAAGGCAGCAACGUGUCGGAUGGCGCGUCUCAAUGUACAGACUCCAUGGCACACAGCGAGGCAAAACAUGAUCGUGUGGAUCACGUCACUCCAGGGCACGGUAACAGGGGAACAGCUCCACUCUCACACGACGACACAUUAACGGAGACGGAAAGUAUCAUCAGCAGCCGGCAAGGACAUCAUUUACAUAAAAGCUCGAGGCAUCAUUCAGAAAAAUACGAGAAAUACAAUAAAUAUAACGGACUCCGCAUAAACGGUCAUUCGAAGCAUCGCUCCGGCCACGGGUACGAGACCGCUUCCAUUCUAAGUUCCGAAUUGGAGACAUCGACGUUUCUGGAAUCCGACGACGACGCGAGCAGCCGUAUUACGUCGACGACAGGUCGGCACACUAAUAUGAGCAGCACAAUCGACCGGGGCACUUUAGACCGGCGUCGGCCACAAAGAAGACGGCGGCAUCGAUUACCACCUAUGUCUCGGACGUCGUCCUUUAGUAGUAUCACCGACAGUACAAUGUCUUUAAAUAUUAUAACCGUCUCGCUGAACAUGGACACCGUUAAUUUCCUCGGUAUUAGCAUCGUCGGUCAAAGUAACAAAGGCGGAGAUGGGGGAAUAUACGUUGGUUCAAUAAUGAAAGGGGGAGCGGUUGCUCUGGACGGGCGGAUAGAACCCGGUGAUAUGAUUCUCCAAGUCAACGACAUCAAUUUCGAAAAUAUGUCCAACGACGAAGCGGUGAGAGUGCUGCGUGAAGUAGUACAGAAGCCAGGACCAAUAAAACUCGUAGUCGCGAAAUGCUGGGACCCAAAUCCGAAAGGUUACUUUACCAUACCUCGUACAGAGCCGGUGCGCCCCAUAGAUCCUGGCGCAUGGGUAGCGCACACGGCCGCUAUACGGGGUGAAGGCUUCCCGCCUCGUCCACCAAGUGCCACAACAUUAACUUCUACAUCGAGUAGUCUUGCAAGCACACUGCCAGAUACUGAACGACCCUUAGAGGAGCUUCACUUGACCGUCAACACCGACAUGCCGACGGUAGUGCGAGCGAUGGCUCCCGACUCGGGCUUGGAGAUACGCGACCGAAUGUGGCUGAAAAUUACCAUUCCAAAUGCAUUUAUCGGUGCGGACGUCGUGGAUUGGCUGAAUACGCACGUGGAAGGAUUUAUCGAUCGGCGCGACGCCAGAAAAUACGCGUCGCUCAUGCUGAAAGCUGGCUUCAUUCGGCAUACAGUGAACAAGAUCACGUUCUCUGAACAAUGUUACUACAUAUUCGGUGAUUUGUGUUCAGCCAUGAGCAGCAUGAAGCUGGAUUGCGAUACAGUCGGUCCCCUACCGCCACCGAAUGCCUGGGAUAUGCCUUUCGGAACAUACGCACCGCAUUCGGCGACGGGUUACAGCCCCAUGCCGUUCAAUUUCACGAACGAGCCCACUGUCUACGGUUACCACCGGGAAGAGAGCGUGCACAGUGGUUCAGGCGGUAGCAGCGCGGGUAGCGAGCGCAUCUGCAAGGAGCCGAUUCACGACCUGAAGUCGUGCUCCUCGGCGUCGGAGUCGGAGCUGCACAAUCCGCCGGUGCCGUCGAUGCCGAGCAAAAAUUCCGGCAACGGCAACGGAUCGAACGGGAAGAGAUCGAACGGCAGCCGCAGCCGCUCCAGCGGCUCCGAACAGUCUGUUCAAACGGGAACGGGAUCAGGGAACCAGCAGAACCAGCAAGACUUAUCUGGUAGUAGACAGUCAUUUCGCAUUGCGAUGGGAAACCCUUGUGAAUUCUUUGUCGAUGUUAUGUAGAUGUUGUAAAUAAAGAGGAGCCGAGUACACAGUGCAGGGCGCGGCUGAACAUCGUGAAUGAAUA